GGAUUUGUAGUUCUAUUGCAGUCUGAUCUUCAUAGUGGUAAAAUCUCAAACGCUCCAAUUAGCCAAUUAUUAGCAAAGCAAUAUCAGCUGUCAGAGUGGUGUUUGAAGAUAUUUCUUUGAAUGUGUCGAUUAUUGUUUAUCGGCUAUAAUCCUUUGUGAUAACAGAAAAAUUUGUGCAAAAAAUACGUUCAAAUAAAUAUCCAUAGAAAGAUUAAUAAUAUUCCGUUAAACUGAACGAAAAAGAGGUAAAAAUUAGCGUUGAAAAGGCGGAAGAUGCCGAUAGAAGCAGCGGUGGUGAAAUUAUGAUGGAAGUUGUUGAGAUAGCGGAGGAAGCGCCUGUGAGAAGUCAGUUCACAGUUGACGAUCUUGAUAUAGAGAUUCUUCCGCUUAUUCAUGAAAUAAUUCGGAGCGUAGAAAAAGAUCCUCACGAUAAUACGCAAAAAGCAAAGGAAUCUCAGGACACGAGUCACAAGAUUCUGGAUUUACAGAAAAAAUUGGACUCCGCAAGGUCACAGAUAAAGAGAUUACCUGGAAUAGAGUAUAGCAAGGAGGAGCAGUUACAGAAGUUAGAAACACUUCGUAGGCAGCUAAGAUUAAAACGUGAACUGUUGCUCAAAUAUCGUAACAUGUGUACAUUCGAUAUACCAAAAGUAUAGGCAAUUUCAGUUGUACCUAA